CCUUCUGUUCAAAUUGGGGGUGUUACUGUGGGGUGACAUCCACCCCAAAUCCCCUUCUGAGAAAAUCCAGCUCUAGACUGUCCAUGUGGCUGAUUUCUGCCCUCCUCUCUCCCAGAAAGGCAUCUGGAAAAGGGCUGUUGUGUGUCUGUCUGCACAUAAGGAUUUUGGACCGCCCAGUGAAGCUGUUUGAGGCUAGACUCAGGCAAUGGAAGGAGGAAGUUGUUACACACGUGGGAGCUUUGAAGCUCCCUGCAACAGGGUGAGGUGUGUGCAGGGAGAUCAGCAGGUUGCAUGGGUGUAGGGAAGAGAAGUCCCUGGGGUUACUGAGCAGAGAAAAGAAGGAGGCUGAGGAAGGCCCCGUAUGCCCCUGCCUUCCUCCUCUCUGGGCAUCUGCUUGCAGCCUCUGUGGGACACAGGAUACAGUGGAAUGGACCCAUCUCAGGGAAUAGAGCAGAGCUGAAAAUGCUGAAGGGAGAAGAAAUACGGGGUAGGAACUCCCUUUAGCCAUUAUAACAUUUAGGCAGGACAAUAGCAGCUGUCUUACUUCUCUUCCAGAGAGCAGGACAUGCCAUUGGGCACCAACAAGAAGAGGCUUGUCUCACUGUGUCAGCAGGACACAAAAAAGUGGGACCCAGAGACACACAGGCACAGACCCUCAAUGGCAGAGAUCACUGAUGCACUCGCAUACACUCUGCCUCUCCCUGAAGGCCAGUGUUACGGGGUCUGGGCCAGCUCUGCUCCUGUUCACCCACAGUUCCCAGACCAGCCAAGGCUUUCCUCUCUACCUUUCCCAGGUGCCACUGUCUAAGCUGUGGGCACCUGCUCUGUUGGCAUCUUGAAGAGACAUGAGUGAUAGAGGGUGGUUGGCCCUGUGUGUGUCCAGCUCAGGUCCACUGAUCUCCCUGGCUCAGAGCGAUGCAAUGGGAAAUGGCACAGCUGGGCAUUGGUGAUGAUCCCUGGUGCACAGGGUAUGGAGGAGCCUGCUAGUAAGCAACUGCCUCUCCUGCCCUUCCAGCCAGGCCUUCUGCCCUCCAAGUGCCUGGGGGCUUCAUUGGAACCCAGCAGGGCUUUACCUACAUGUGCUGAAGUCUGUCUAGUCUCUCCAGGUCUCCUCCAGCCACUGCAACCACAGACCUGCUUCUCUGCCAUAGCGCUCUGGAUCAGGAUGAUGGGCUCAGCACCCUGGGUGGUGAGUCCUUCAGGCUGGGGGACCCCCGAGUGUGAAGGGGCGGGGCUGGACUAUGAGGCUGAGGAAGGGGCAGGGUCAGGCCCUGGCAUGUGCCCGCUGCUGCGGCCGGGAGCUGAGGAAGCCGAAGGAGGGCGGCCGGGCUGGCGGGGCGGGGGGCCGGAGCCGAGCCAAUGGGGAGCUGGGGCAGGUAGAGGGGGCGUUAAAACCCCCCCCCCCCCCCCCGAUGCCGGCGAGUGAGCGAGUGCUCGGGAGGCGGAGCGGAGAGGAGGGUUGCCCUCGAGGGCAGCCGCGCUGAGCGCGGCGCGGCGGGGCCCCGCGGGUGGAUGCCCGCCGGUGCCGGGGCUGGCCCGGGGCUGGCCGGCCGGGCUGUGCCCUGGCAGGGGAGCGGCGGGGCGCUCGGAAGCUCGACGGCUCCGCACGGGGUAGGGCUAUGCACAAGCCCAUGGAGAAGUCCCAAAACUUCCGCAUCGAGGCGCUCCUGGCCGAAGAGCCGGCGCGGAGCGCCUCCCCGUCGGGGCUGAGCCCCGGGAGCCCCGCGGUGAGCCCUGGCCCCGCCGGGCGCUCCGAUACCCCCUCACCGCGGGCGCCCCCGGCCGCCGGGCCGCUCGCCCCGGCCGGCUUCCUUCCCAAGCCUGGCUUGCUGCACCUCUCUGGCCCCGGGCUCGGCGCCCUGCCAGCCCUGUACCCGCCUGCCGUGUAUCCACUCCCUACCCUGGGGGGCCAGCACCCCGCUUUCGCCUACUCCGGCAUCCCCCACCUGCCGCCGCCCGGCGCGGAGCACCUGAAGGCGGCCGUGGCCGGCUCCUUCCCGCUGGAGCACUGGAUCCGAGCCGGGAUGGUGGUGCCGAGGCUCUCCGACUUCCACGCUGCCCCACAGUCUGGCUUGAUGGGGAAGUGCCGCCGGCCCCGCACAGCCUUCACCAGCCAACAGCUCCUGGAGCUGGAGAACCAGUUCAAGCUGAAUAAGUACCUGUCCAGGCCCAAGCGUUUUGAGGUGGCCACGUCGCUGAUGCUCACCGAGACACAGGUGAAGAUCUGGUUCCAGAACCGCCGCAUGAAGUGGAAACGGAGUCGCAAAGCCAAGGAGCAGGGGGCUCAGGCAGAGGCUGACAAGCAACGAGGGCUCAGCAAAACCUGCGAGAAGCUGCUGCCCAGCGAGCCUCAGGGACAAGCUGCCGAAAGCCCCAAGUUCAUGGGGCACAGCCCUGACUCAGGCUUCCUGCGCUGCAGCACUACCGAGCUGAACUACGGCCCCGAUUCCUCCUGCUCAGGGGGCGAGGAAGAGGAAGAGGAGGAGAAUGAAAUGGGUGCCACCGAGAGGAAGAUCGGCUCUGUGUUGUGAAAGACGAAUGGAGCCAGCCAGGGAGAGGGGCUGGGCUGUGGUGUGGGGGUUCUCUUUGCUGGCAGACACAGACUGUGCCUGGGUAGAGCAGGGGGUGCAGGGCACCUGCCCCCCUUUAACUUAUGUGUAUUUGGAUCCUAUUUAACUCGUAAAUAUUCCUCUGUGUGUAUCUGGAGGAGUCCCCACAUCCCUCCUUUAUAAAGAUGUUAUCUGGA